AUGGAAAUGUUUUGGUACGCAGCGUGUCUGUGGAGUGUCAAUGUCGUUGCUUUCAACCUGGACACCAAGAGGGUCAUGGAGAGAACCGGACAGCAGGGCAGCCUCUUUGGGUUAUCUGUUGCUUUCCACCAGCAGCUGAGUCCCGCCAAAAAGAACUUGUUGCUGGUAGGAGCCCCCAAAUCAAAACAUCCAUACCUGGAGAAUGUUACCGGCGUUGUCUAUCAGUGUGAUCUUAGUGUUGCUUCCCAACACUGUCAGUCCAUUGACUUUAACCACGAAGAAUUCCGUGAGAGCAAACAUAUAAACGGCCAGUGGAUGGGAGUAAGAGUGACGAGCCAGGGUCCUGGUAAAAAUGUCAUGACUUGUGCUCAUCGGUACCAGCAGUGGAGCCCGAGCCCAGGCCUUUACACGCCUCGCCUGGUAACGGGUCAGUGCUACAUCUUAGGGGACGACCUGCAAGUUGGGACGGAGGAGAGGACGUGGAGGAGGGUGGUUUGCGAUGCUGAACACCUGAACAGACGUCAGAAAGACCAUGAGUGGUUUGCGUACUGCCAACAAGGUCACGGUGCAUCUUUUGCUAAGGACAACACAUCUGUGGUCUUUGGAGCACCGGGCGCUUAUCAGUGGAAAGGAAUCGUGCGCAUGGAGCUGCUGGACAACCUUGACAUCUUCGGUGAGCUUCCUCGAGAAACCGGCAAUAUCGACCUGUUUGACUCCAAACUCAUUCCUCUCCAAAGAAACAGUUACCUGGGAUUCUCCACUGACUCCGGAAUGACCCUGCUCAGGGGAGGUGAGCUGACCAUCGUAUCGGGAGCACCCAGAGGUGGAUACAGCGGUCAGGUGGCCUUUCUUAAGGCGGACCCUUUGGCAAAGAGAAGUUUGUCUGUCAAGUUUGUCCUGUCCGGUCCGGGGUUGGCCUCCUCCUUCGGAUAUGAUGUUGCCGUGGUGGAUCUCAACAAUGACGGGUGGGAGGACCUCGCCGUGGGAGCGCCUGAAUUCUUUCUUAAAGAUGGCUUGAUCGGAGGAGCAGUCUACAUCUACAUCAACAACAAUGGGGAAAACUGGCAGAAAAUUAAUCCCAUUCAACUCCUUGGACGUAAAGAUUCCUUGUUUGGACUCGCAGUGGAAAACAUUGGCGAUGUUAAUCAAGAUGGACAUGGAGACAUUGCUGUGGGGGCACCAUAUGACGGUUCUGGUCGAGUAUACCUCUACUGUGGCUCCUCAAGUGGCAUCAACAGAAAGGUGGCACAGGUGCUCUCUCCGGAAUCCCCGAAAAUCACUUUGUUUGGAUAUUCUCUGUCGGGUAACUUGGAUAUUGACGAUAACCAAUACCCUGAUUUGGCAGUUGGAUCACUCUCUGAUGCAGUCUUUGUUUACAGAGCUCGGCCUGUGGUCAAUGUCGGCAGCACACUAACAAUAAACCCAAAUGAAAUAGACAUCACAAAGCAACAGUGCGAUAAACACACAUGUUAUAUUGCAGUACAAGUGUGUUUUACCUACUCGGCACAUCCGGCAUCAUUCAACCCCAAACUGUCAAUCAGCUUCUCAAUCGAGGCUGAUGCAACGAGGAGGAAAUUCAGGCUACCCCCCCGUGUGGACUUUCUGGGUUCGUCUCAGGGGACACUGGAGUUGCCUGGCCAGAGGAGGAAAAUCUGUGCUAAUACUAAGCUCCGACUUCUGCGGGACACUACAGAUAGGCUGCACAGUAUCCCUGUAUCCGUCACCUGGUCUCUGCCAAGCUCUGGUCCAACUGCGAGGACGAACGUUGGACUUCCAGACGUCACUCCUGUGCUCAACCUCUACCAGGAACAAAGCACAGUGUCAGAGAUAACCUUCAUCAACGAGGGCUGCGGCACUGACAACGUUUGCCACAGUAACCUGGAGCUACUGUACAAGUUCUGUGCCAGGAAAACCCAAAAUCAUCGGGAUGUUUUCCAGUCACUGGUCAGAGAGGACGGUGUCGCGGUCAUCACUCCCUCUGGUGAGGACGUGGCCUUGGAGAUCACAGUAACCAAUACGGACGGAGAAGACGCGCACCAGAGCCAUGUGGUCGUCAAGCUCCCAGAUCUUCUUCGCUACUCCUCUGUCGUUUAUGCCUCAACAUCGGUGUCACAAGUGACAUGCUCAAGCAACGACAAGGGAACGGUGAUAGACUGUGAGCUGGGAAACCCUCUCCAAAGAGAUGCUCAAGUUUCAUUUUAUGUUAUGCUGACCACAAACGGCAUCUCACUGAGUACAAAGUCUGUCAACAUCACAUUGCAACUUCAGACGACAAGUGUGCAGACUUUAGAAGCUGUCGAAGCUACAGCCAAAGUGGUUUUUGAACUGGGGCUGCAAAUCUAUGGGCUAGCCAGGCCAUCUCAAGUAUCACUUAGUAGAAGCUUAAUUGGCCAACGAGCCGUAAAAACAGCGGACGAUAUCGGAUCCCCGAUUCAGUUUGAAUUUAAGAUAACAAACCAGGGCAGGUCUCUGAAAUCCUUCGCCAAUGCCUCGCUGGACAUCCACUGGCCAAAGGGCAACUCCGACGGCAAACGGCUGCUCUACCUGACUCAGGUCACUAGCGCAGGAGUGCAUUUUGUCUCCUGCUCACCCGCUGACCAAAUCAAUCCUCUGAAACUGAAGGGUCAGCGUGGAACCUCUAGGGAGAGACGCGAGGCCGAAUACGAGGGCCAAUACGAUGCCCUCUCCGCUGCUGGAUUCUUGUUUCUUCCAUCAAAAAGGAAAUACAAAACACUGACGUGCUCCGACGGACUCAUUUGCGCAGAGCUACGCUGUCCUCUAGUGGGACUGGACAGCACUGCGCUGAUCGUUCUCCAUGCACGCCUUUGGAAUUCUACUUUAGUGCAGGAUUACAGCUCUUUGAAUUACCUGGACAUCGCCGUGGACGCUACUCUCACCCUCACAAACUCUCCAGUGAACAUUGGACUCAAAGAGAAAGAGCCUCGCACCAAGGUAAAGGUGACAGUGUUCCUGGAGAGAGAAUAUGAAUACUUCACUAAAGUGGCCUGGUGGAUCAUCUUCCUGACAGUCGCCGCAGGCCUGCUGCUCCUGGCUGUCCUCUGCUUCUUCUUAUGGAAGCGUGGUUGCUUCCAGUGUGCGACGUGUAACGAGUCCUCACACGUGAAGAUUGGAACGCCAAAAGCCUGAAGGAAGAAUGCUGGGUGAGCGAAUUAUAUUCAAAAAUCUAACUUUUAACUGUUUUGAAACGUAUGACAAAGAACUCAACUCACAUGUUGCAGAUGACAAACGUUACUUUGUUCUUUGAAUGACGCGGAAAAUAUCGCUUGUGUGUUUGUUUACAACAACAUGAAGACAAUUGUGCUCUGAAGGACCAUUUUAUUGAACAUUUGUGUCGCUAUGACAUCAUUGUCGGAAUGGUGAAAGGACAACAACACUGCUGCUCUUUGGAAUACUAUGGAACCUCCAAAGUCAAAUACAAUCUGUGCUGCUUGUGACUUUUCACGAAUUUUUUUUUUCAACUUUCCAAUUUUCCCCUUUAAACACUGUUCUUUACAAAUAUUGCAUCUCCACAUGUUUGGUGGCAUUUUGGAAGGGGGAAGAAAUUACUUUGUAAAUUUUUUUUUUUUUUAAUGCUUGUGUGUUUUUUUUUUAACGUA